ACUACCGUUAUGCAAAAACCCAUCAUUUUAUCACAACUGAGUGAUUAAAUUCAUUCAUCUUCCACCAAAAAAAACCUAAAAAUUGGAGAUAUAAUUUCAUUUGCAAUGACUUGCCCAGCCAUGAGCGCAUCUGCUUCUUCUUGCUCUUCUUCCUAUUCUUAUUCUACAUUUCGUCCUCCUCCACUCUUACCACAAAUGAGCUCUGUUCAAUACUCAAGAUUACCCUUUGAGGCAUUUGCUUCUUCCAAUCUAUCCGACGGGUAUCAUCAUUAUCGGGGAUGGGGUGAAAAACAGCCAGUCCUUUCGAACCGACUGCUUGGAAAACAUUCAUUGCCUUUAAAAGCGUUGGUGACCUCCAAUCCCUUAAACAUUUCAUCUUCAGCAGUAAUCAGUGAUGAGAAAAUAGGAGUCUUGUUAUUGAACCUUGGAGGGCCCGAGACUUUAGAUGAUGUGCAACCUUUUUUGUUUAACCUCUUUGCUGACCCGGACAUUAUACGGUUGCCGCCAAUGUUCCAAUUUCUUCAGAAGCCAUUGGCGCAAUUUAUAUCUGUAGCAAGGGCUCCCAAAAGCAAGGAAGGAUACGCAUCUAUUGGUGGUGGUUCUCCCCUGCGCCUCAUAACUGAUGCACAGGCUGAAGAAAUAAGAAAGUGCCUUUGCGAAAAAAAUGUCCCAGCAAAGGUAUAUGUUGGUAUGCGGUAUUGGCAUCCAUUCACGGAGGAAGCCAUUGAGCAGAUAAAAAGAGAUGGAAUCACAAAACUUGUUGUUCUACCACUUUAUCCUCAAUUUUCGAUAUCGACAAGUGGUUCAAGCUUAAGACUCUUGGAGAGAUUAUUCCGAGAGGACGAGUAUCUUGUGAACAUGCAGCAUACUGUUAUACCUUCGUGGUACCAGCGAGAGGGAUAUAUAAAGGCUAUGGCAAAUUUAAUCCAAAGCGAGUUGGGGAAAUUUGGUUCCCCUAGUCAGGUUGUAAUAUUUUUCAGUGCACAUGGCGUGCCACUUGCAUACGUUGAAGAAGCUGGUGAUCCGUACAAGGCAGAGAUGGAAGAAUGUGUUGAUCUGAUCAUGGAGGAAUUAGACAGGAGAAAUAUAACUAAUGCUUACACUCUCGCUUAUCAGAGCAGAGUUGGACCAGUGGAAUGGCUGAAACCAUACACUGAAGAAGCCAUUACUGAACUUGGUAAAAAAGGUGUUGAAAAUCUUCUGGCUGUACCCAUAAGCUUUGUGAGCGAGCACAUUGAAACUCUGGAAGAGAUUGAUGUUGAGUAUAAGGAGUUGGCAUUGAAGUCCGGUAUCAAAAAUUGGGGCCGAGUGCCUGCACUGGGAACAGAACCCAUGUUUAUAUCUGACUUGGCAGAUGCUGUUGUGGAAAGUCUUCCAUAUGUUGGAGCUAUGGCAGUCUCAAACCUUGAAGCUCGACAGUCGUUAGUUCCGCUGGGGAGUGUAGAAGAACUAUUGGCGACGUAUGAUUCACAGAGGAGGGAAUUACCAGCGCCAGUGACGAUGUGGGAAUGGGGAUGGACCAAAAGUGCAGAAACAUGGAACGGAAGAGCAGCAAUGUUGGCUGUGCUCGCGCUUUUGGUGCUCGAAGUCACCACCGGAAAAGGGUUUCUGCAUCAGUGGGGCAUUUUGCCUUCAUUUCAGUAAAGAGCCGAUAGAUAAUAUAUUUCUUUCACUAAACCCAUCCAAGAAUCCAAAAAGUGAGAUUUCACAUAAAUAUGACCAGCUAUAUUAUUAUACUCUCCUUUUCUGUCUUAAAAUGUUGAGUUGUUAGACAAUAAGUUAUAUAAAUUGUGUGGUAUCCGAUAUUUUAUAUCUU